CCCCAGCUUCGUAAUUAAAAGAUUUCGCAGCUAAUUUAAGUUAUACUGUGUUGCGGUUUUUUCAUUCAUUUGAAGGAAAAUCUAAAACAUCCUUAAACAAAAUUUGUUGGGCAGAGGGAGGUCUCUGUCAGUUUGUUUCUAAAUUGGGUUUCGAAAUACUAGAUUGGAUUUACAAUCUUUUGAAGAUUUGGGUUUGUUUGUCUAUCGAAGCAAAGUUUUUAAGAGUUAUUGCAGUAGCAAUAAUGAUUUGAGUUGAGGAAAUAUUUGCUAGUUUGCCACUGUAUUGCAAUUUUCAGGUCUCACUGCUAAUUUACCACUGUAUUACAAUUUUUAUUUAUUAAAAAAAAAAUCUAAGUCAUCCCAAAAAAAAAAAAAAUUUUGCAUUUUGCAUAGUUGGGUAGAGUGAGUGAAGUGUUAGGUCCGUUUGGAAGUCCAUUUUGAACACAUUUUUCUAUACACUUUUUUAUACGCCACCAAUAAUAUAGAUUCCUCCUCUCCACUUAGCACCGGAGCUCCACCCCGCCGCUGCACACGUCGCCUCUGGAGCUGGCGCCGCCACACCAAACUCAAGCACAAAGUAACUGAGAAGAAAUUGAAGGGUUUGAGAUCUCAACUGGUUUCCAUCUUUGUGAUUAUUCUUGUAUCAGAUUCGCUGCUAGUUUAGUUUACUUGUACUGUUUUGCACGUUUUCAUUUGUUUGGAUAAAAUUCUCAUUCAUCAUCCUAAAGAAGAAGAAGAAGAAGAAGAAGAAGCAAAGUUAUGCCUCUGAGCGUUGCAGGGCCUCUUCUUGGGGCAGGAUUUGGACAGGUCUUAACGUCGUUACGCGAAACAGUUAAGGAUGUGGUAAGAAACGCCCGUCAGUUCAAACGCAUUCUUAAACGCCUCGAUUCCACGUUAGAUCUUUUGGCGCAGGCGGUCGAAGAUAUAGAACGAUCAAACCAACAACGUGGUCGUGCAGUAGAGAAUACACAGAGCUUGAUCGAAGAAAUGACGAAGGGUAGGGAGCUAGUUUGCAAUAGCUUGCAAAUCCCAUGGUGGAACUUGGUUCUAAUAGUCAAGUACUCAAGCAAACUUUCUAAGUUGGAAGAAGACAUUUUGAGGUUCUGUCAGGUUGAUUUGCAAUUAUAUGGUGCAAGGACUGUGUUGGAGACUAGAGAAAUUGUGAGUGGUAUUCGGGAGAGUAUGGAUUCGACCAGGUCCAUGGAGACAACAAGGGUGUCAUGUGCGGUUCGUGAACCCCCAGAUUUUACAGUUGGGUUUGAUAUGCCAAUGAAGGAGUUAAAGACGCUGCUGUUGAAGGAGGAGGUGCAGCUGCUUCUAUUGACUGCUCCUGGAGGACGUGGGAAGACCACAUUGGUCCAAAUGCUUUGUCAGGAUGACCAAAUUAGAGGCACAUAUAAGGAAAAUAUUCUCUUUGUCAACGUUUCACAAACUCCCAACGUGAAGGUCAUUGUACAAAACCUAUUUGAUUAUAAGUACUUUCGGCCUGAGUUUCUAAUUCAAAGUGAUGAAGAUGCAAUUGAACAGCUACCGCAACUGCUGAAUCAUAUUGGACCUAAUCCUAUAUUGUUGAUCCUGGAUGACGUCUGGCUUGGAUCAGAAUCCCUUCCCGAAAAGUUUAAGUUUAAUAUUCCAAAAUACAAGAUUUUGGUUACUUCAAGAACUGCAUUUCCAAGAUUUGAAUUUACAUAUCGCUUAGACGUGCUAAAUGAUGUAGAUGCAAUUACGCUUUUUUGCCACUCAGCAUCCCUGCAAGAUGGGAGCUCUUACAUUCCGACAGAAGAAGAUAUGAAAAAGAUAGCAAGAGGCUGUGGGGGGUUUCCUCUGGUCCUUAAAGUGAUUGGCGGCUCACUGCGUAGGCAGAAGGAGGAGGUAUGGCGUAGUAGACUAAUGAAAUGGUCUGAUGGUCGAUCUUUCCUCAGUUCUGAUGCUGAGCUGCUUGCUUGUCUUCAAAAAAGCCUAGAAUUUCAAUAUGACAAGGACAACAUCGAAGACUGUUUCAUGGACCUAGGUUCAUUUCCUGAAGACCAAAGGAUCCCUGUUGCUGCCCUCAUUGAUAUGUGGGUAGAAUUAUAUGAACUAGAUGAAGAUGGCAUCCAUGCCAUUGCCAAUUUGGAAGAACUCACCAUUCGGAAUCUGGCUAGUCUCGUGAUGGCAAAGAAAGAUGCAAGUGAGGUCAAAAGCUAUUAUAAUGAAAGCAAUUAUAAUGACGACUUUGUCACACAACAUGAUAUUCUUAGAGAGCUUGCUAUGCAUCAGAGCAGCCGGGAGCCAAUAGGACAAAGGUCAAGACUGAUUAUCAACAUAAGUAAAAACAGUCCACCAAAGUGGUGGACGGAACAAAAACAACAACUCAUUAAUGCUCACCUAUUAUCUAUCUCAACAGAUGAAUUAUUCUCAUCAAGUUGGUGCAACAUUCAAGGAUCCGAAGUUGAGGUUCUAGUUCUGAAUUUUCAUACAAAGAAUUACACCUUACCUGAGUUUGUGGAGAAAAUGGAUAAACUCAAGGUUUUGAUAGUCAAUAAUUAUGGUUUCUUUCAUUCCAAAAUAAGCAAUUUUCAAUUGCUCGAGUCUCUAUCCAAUUUAAAGAGAAUCAGAUUAGAGAAGGUUUCAAUUUCUUCAUUUUGCAAGACCCUUGUACCGUUGAAGAGUUUGAAGAAAAUAUCGUUGUGUAUGUGUAAUAUUGGUAAGGCUUUUGAGAAUUGUACAAUUCAGGUUUCAGAUGCAUUGCCAAAUUUGACGGAGAUAAACAUUAAUUAUUGCAAUGAUCUAGAGGAAUUGCCUAUUGGGCUAUGUGAUAUAGUCCACCUCAAAAAACUCAGUAUCGCCAAUUGUCAUAAAUUGUUUGCAUUGCCAGAAGAAAUUGGAAAGCUAGUGAAUUUAGAAGUGCUAAGGCUUAGGUCAUGUACUGAUUUGUCAGAGUUACCAGAUUCAAUCAGAAGCCUCCAUAAGUUAAGAAUUCUAGACAUAUCUGACUGCCUAAGCAUUAUGAAGUUGCCAAAACACAUUGGUGAGAUGUGUAGUUUAAAAGAGCUCAACAUGAAAGGGUGCUUGAGUUUGCGUACUCAGUUUCCAGAAUCAAUAAUGGAUCUUGAGCAAUUAAAGCUUGUGGUAUGUGAUGAGGAGAGGGCCAAGUUAUGGGAUCCUAUCAAGGAAUUCCUCCCCGAUCUUGAAGUAUUGGUGGCUGAAAAAGAUAUCAACUUGAAUUGGCUUCCCAAAUAAUGAAUUCUGUAAAUUGUUUACUUUUGGAAAAUGUAGUAGGUUUGAGUAUGUUAUAUCAAAUGGAAAUAUGGAAAAUCACUGUUAAUGCCAUUGCCAACAGCAGUUGCUAGUCAA